GACUGUUCUAUAUUUCUUUAUUCGUAAUAUUUGCAUUUUAAAUUUACCUCCGAAAAACUAAGUGGCGCUAUUGUCGAUUUGCUUGAAAUUUGGCUAGACUCCAUCUUACUUUUGCCGACACCCAUACGCAAUACAAGAAGAAAAGUAUUUUAUUAAAAAUGGCUAUGUUUUGGAAUAGAUUAGGACAACUCGGUGUGGGUUUAACUUUGACUGGUAUCGUUGUUAAUAAUGCUUUAUACAAUGUUGAUGGAGGUCAUAGAGCUGUUAUUUUUGAUAGAUUUACUGGAAUAAAGAACCAAGUUGUAGGAGAAGGAACACAUUUUAUUAUUCCCUGGGUACAGAGACCUAUCAUAUUUGAUGUUCGAUCUAGACCAAGGAAUAUUCCUGUAAUCACUGGAAGUAAAGAUCUGCAAAACGUAAACAUCACACUUCGUAUUCUCUUCAGACCCAUACCAGAUUCUUUGCCGAAGAUCUAUACUGUUCUUGGUAUAGAUUAUGCUGAGAGAGUAUUGCCAUCUAUUACAAAUGAAGUAUUAAAAGCUGUAGUUGCUCAGUUUGAUGCAGGAGAACUAAUCACACAGAGAGAGAUCGUCUCUCAAAAGGUUAGGGAAGAUUUAACAGAAAGAGCUACACAAUUUGGAUUAAUUUUAGAUGAUAUUUCUAUUACACAUUUAACCUUUGGAAAAGAAUUUACUCAAGCUGUGGAAAUGAAGCAAGUAGCACAGCAAGAAGCAGAAAAGGCCCGUUUCUUAGUAGAAAAAGCAGAACAGCAUAAGAAAGCUGCUAUUAUUAGUGCAGAAGGAGAUGCCCAAGCUGCGAGUUUAAUUGCAAAGUCCCUUGGUGAAGCAGGCGAUGGUUUAGUUGAACUUAGAAGAAUUGAAGCUGCAGAAGACAUAGCUCAUAAUCUUUCUAGAUCUCGUCAAGUAGCUUAUUUGCCCCCAGGUCAAAAUGUUCUACUUAACUUACCGCAGUAAAAAUAUAAACUCGAAUAAAAAUUAUAUAUAUAAGUUGUGCAUUUAUAUUGUAAUGUAUGAGUUUUGAUGCAGUAAUGGUGUAUUAUCAAUAGAAAAAUUUUAAUAUGCAAAAAUGUUCUUAGAUAGAUAAAUGAAAAUAAUUUUUCUAGAAUUUUAGUUUAUAUUCUUAAUUAUUUCGAAUAUGUUUUUUUCACAGUUAUGUAAUGAUUAUUUGAAAAACUGAUAUCAUUUAUUUUUGCUAGUUUUAGGUCAAUUUAUUUUCCAGAAGAAGAUUCCUCGAAUGAUUUAGAAAUUUUAAUGUUAAAUUAAAAAAUUUUAAACAAUGUUUUAAAA